AUGUCACAGGUACUCUUCGACAGUUUCACCCUCGGGCGCUUCACAUCGUUCACCGAAGAUGGCUGUCCGGACGGUUACAUGCAAAUCCAAGAGGCUAGCCGUCCCCAAGUCGGAGGCUCCUGGUGUGGCACCUCCUGGGGUCCCUCCAUCUACUACAGCGAGACCAAAUCCAUCACCCUCAUCAUCAGACUCCUCCACCUCUCAAAAGACCAAAACAACUACAAUUUCGACUUCAGGAUGGCAUACAAAGUUCUUCGAAGAGAAUUUGCUACAGUACGGUACGGGGGCACGCCGCCAUCAGAGCGCCCUUUCUUCAAGAUGAGGCCGAUACCUAUCCCCUUGAACAUAUCACGCGAAGAUACAAACGUGGCGAGGACAACAAAAACUGCCGAAUAUUACCUCGGGGAUCUGAUAUCCGGGACUUAUUGCUCGCGAAUAUUCAGCGACUGCGACCGUAAAAACUGUAGGUUACAGUCGCCAAAUUUCCCGGGCGUUUACCCGAGGAAUUUGACGUGCUACUACGCGGUUAGACAGCACGAAGUGCCACAAGGGAAGCAUGCCUUGAUUGUGGUGAAGCAGCCGAACGGGCAGCUAGUGUCGAUCAGAAGCCAGAAAGCAUUAUACGCUGCACAGCAAGAGAGAGGGGGAAAUAAUGGUCGCGAAUUAAAAUUUUGGCAGCAAUGCGACGAGGUACAAGACUACGUGACAGUCUACGACGGGUACACGACCAGGGAUCCUGUCGUUUUAAGAUUCUGCGGCGGUGGGGUGUCAGUGCCAGAAGCGAUAUCCAGUGGGCCGGAAUUAUUAGUAGAAUUUACGACAUCACCAUUUGGAACCUUCCUGCAGCCAGCCACGUCGCAAUCUCUCCACGGCUUCCAACUAGAAGUUGAGGUCAGGUUCGUCGAUCAACAGUCGCCUACAUAUGCGAAGAACAAAAGGGCCUGCGAGUUUUGGAUCCGAGGGACGGGCAAGGGUGUGUUGGAGCACCCACAACAUUCCCUGCCUCCGAACACGACGUGUCUUUACCAUAUGCAAGGGAUAGAUACUUCGGGGCCGUCGGGGAGGAACAUAAUAUACAGAAGGCCCUCGUUCUCAGCGCCCAGGUUCAAAGUGUGGUUCUCUGUAUUGAAAUUUUAUGUGACCAACGCUCUCAAUCCGAAUUUGCCUGAGGAUGAGUAUUGUGGCAGCCAUUUGAAUAUAUGGGACGGCCCGAUGAGGAUAUCGCCAGGCUGCAGCGAUAUAUUUUGUGACAAGGAAAGAUCAGUACAAAUGUCUCGAGCCACAUCUCCCCAGUCUGUAAUCGUCGGUCGCCCUCCCACCAACGCAACCCUCGUCGCGAGGUUCUGCAAAGAAAGGGCGCCCAGGACCUGCGAGCAUGCCCUGCUGAGGAAGUCCAGGGCAUGUGCCAGGACCGAAAGCUUCUUGUCAAAGGGAGACUCGCUGACGCUGGAACUGAAGUUGACUCAAGGAACCGCACUCAAGCCAGUAUUCUUCAAAGCCCUCUACGAGUUCGUGGAUCUGCACCAAGAUGGGGAGCCCUGGGGCAGAGGUCCGUGUUCCAGAAAGUUCUCGUCCAGAUCGUUCCCAGAAGCCCCGUCUGAUCCACCCAUCACCUUCUCAUCGCCAAGAGACGUUUUUCUGUAUGGACGAGGUGGUGCAAGGAAUAUCAGCUGUACAUACCGCUUCGAAGCCAACACAGGCGAAGUGGUGCGCCUGCGCAUUUGGGGCGUACGCAGCGGCGGCCGCCUCUGCCGGUCCGUUCACUCGGCGCAUUCCCCGUGGUUCCGAUGUGCCGGCGACCAUACUGCUGCGGUCCGCGUCUUCGACAAGCCGUGGAAGAAUAAUGGCCCGGGUGUGCCUAGAGAUUGCUUGUGCAGUGACACUGGAGAAUACGAGUUCACCUCAACUGGAACAGUGGCGGAACUGAAGUUCGACGUCGUCAACAUGUCUGCCACCGACGACUUUCGGUCGUUCGGCUUCGAAGCUUCUGUGGAAUUCGUCAGGCUGGACACCAUCUGUGAUAGCACCCAUAGGGUGUACGGCUCGAGCGGGGAACUGAGGCUGACCACCAUGGCGCCUGUGUCAGAUGCAGAUCGCUGCGAGCGUCGGCCGUGGCUGAUCGAUCCAUCACCCGGCCACUACCUCUACCUCCAAAUCCGGGGCAGAGUCAUCAAGGAACCAGAGCUCGACAACUUCACCCUCAUCAACAACAUCACGGUGGCACCAGACCUGAGGCACUUGUGCAGGACGCAGAACAGAAUAGCAGUGUACGCUGGAGGGUUGACGCCGGUUUUCAUAUGCCCUGAUCCUCCGGAUGAUCAGAACGACGAGGUAGUGGAAGUGUUCUCGGACGGCUGGCUCAAAGAGGUGGACCCGUUGGCGCGGCAUGUGAUGGCGCCGCCACCGUCCCCGGAUCGCUUCGACCUGGACUGGCCACGUUCGUUGGCGGUCGAGCUCAUACCUUCCGACACUGGCGCCUAUUACAUCACGUGGCUGGAGCUUUCUAGAAGACACCCCAACCCCCGAGGCGGUGUUUUCGCACUUUCUGGUGAGUGCGAAUACCGCUGCGCGUCUCUCGACGCGUGCAUCUCUGCUGAGCUGUGGUGUGACGGCAUAGCACAGUGUCCUCACGGGGAAGAUGAGAGACUGGCGCAGUGCUCAGCGCUGCUAAGAGUACCCGCCCACUACGCCGCUGCGAUGCUGGCGUUUACAAUCCUCACGGCUUUCGCAGUGAUUGCCGUGACGCGAUCCUGCCGCCGCCGGCGCUCAGCGCUACAGCAGCGGCUGAAAAGUCUCUCCUCAGACACCGCCAUCUUCGACGAGAAAGAAGUGAUUUGCUGACCAAGCGAGGACUCCGUGCGAUACGUCGAGAUCGACCGCGUCACGACUGUGUGACCGCGCACGGAGUCUUGUUGCUUGAUAUUGAAAUUGAAUAAAUAUAACUGCACAUCAAGGUGGCAUCUUAAUAUCGUUGUAAUAGGUGCUAUUUUGCAACAAUUUACAGUCUGAUGUGCUGUUGUACUUGGUGGGCUAGUUCUAGUUGAGCUUAGGAAUUGAAUGAUAAGACAUAAUUUUGUUGUGAUGGAAUCAAGCAAGUCAUUGUGACGAGAUGAAAAUUAUCGUUAUGGUCGUGACACUCGAAAAUAUAAGAUAAAAUUGCCGUUUGUAAAAUAAAAUGUAUAACGGACGCUGGAAAGUAACGCAAGAUUUAAAUAAAUAUUUAGCAAAAGCCUUGACCAAAUAUUGCCAACACAAUAUUCAAAAGAGCAUCAAGGUAUAUAUGGACUCAGAUUUAAAAUCAAAACUUGAUUUAAGAGUUCGAGAGAAAAUAUUCAAUAAUGAAAAUUUCCUAACUGAAUAAGAUCAACUUGGUGAUUUUUUUAACCAAAGAUCACAUGGAAAUGAUCAACAUACCUACUGAUAAACAUAAUGUGUAAAAAUUUAAUUCCUGUAAUGAGUAUGAAGUCAAUUGACGAUUGUUUGAAGAGGUGUAAUGAAGUGUUACUAAAGUUCACUCAAAUGUACGAAAUAUGAGUAUUACGGAUAUGAAAAUCCUAGUAGAGAUUCAAUAACUGAUAUAGACUUUUCAAUAAGUAUAAAUAAUGUAAAUAAUAUUAUAAUUGUGAUUAAAGUAGAAGUUAUAGCGUGGAGGUAAUAUAUUUACGGACCAAGUGCAGUCGAUCGGUGGCCAAAUCUCAAAAUAGACUUUCAAUCUCAAAUCUACAUAAAGAUCAAAAUGUUUUGCCGAUUUCAAAAUUAUGCUCAAAUACGCAAGUCACCCAAUUUUUAAGAUAAAAGUUAUACUAAAAAUACU